UUCAGACCAGAUGCCUUCUCGCCAUCAUCAUAAAAACACAUGGAAAAAAGAGAUUUUCCUUCCCACUCAGGUCGAAGUACAGUGUACUAGCUGGCACGUAUUCUGGAGACACAAUACAGAAAUUUGGUGGCAUAUUGCCGAUAAGUGUACAAGGUUUUCAACAUGAGGAAACCAUUUCUCUCGGAUCUGCCGCCCGAAAAUUUUCCAAUCAAGGACCUGUCUCCGCAAGUGAAUCGCAAACUGUGCCAGUAUCCGGAUACGUCGAAUGAUGACGGCUGCUCGUUCCGGUUCACGUACGAAUUCGACGACGUGUCCAAUAUCAUCCUUAGGGCGCAGACGACGCAGGUAUGUCCGCAGCCGGUGAACCUGGCCGCCGUGACUGGUGGCGUCAUAGGUGGAAUCAUACUCGCUGGCCUUCUGCUGCUGCUUAUAUGGAAGCUACUGACAACGGUACACGACAGACGAGAGUACGCCAAGUUUGAGAACGAGAGGCAGCUAGCCAAAUUGAGAAGGGAGGAGAAUCCUCUCUAUCACGCAGCUACGACGACGGUGCAAAACCCAGCGUUUGGGAGCUCGAACAUCCAGUGAAAUGUAAAAACAGUCUCGCCAACUUGGUUGAGAGAUGCAAUAGAAUUUUGUCACACUAGUUUAAUAGUCGAAUGUUAUUAUCGGGUUUACUUCAACCGAAAAUACAAAAUAAUGUUCGGUAAAUGCAUGUAUAUUGCCAGUUAUGGGUAAACAUACCACGAUUUCCUUAUAUAUGGCGACAUACAUAACUUCAUAAAUCUGUUAUUAAACGAGUAAAUAAAUCAUAAUUAUUAUUGAUAUAAUAGUGCUGUUAUCACUAUGAUGCUAGUGUCCGUUUCUUGUACAAAAUUAGGGCAGGCAUUUCACAAUAAUGAAACACGCGGGCACACGCAAGCACGUACACCCGCACGACGCGCACAUGCGCGCAGGUUUAGACGUUUAUAUGUUUAGUAAGUAACUUGUCUCAUUCGAUUUCGAAUAUUCCAAUUUCCGAUUAGAAAAAUCUUUUAUUUGUAUUUUUUGUUAUUUCUCGACAACCCGCAUGUUAAAUAGUUUAUGGUCUGACAUCCGCCUGUUCCAAACCGAAAGACGACACGUCAUAUCACUGGCAGCUUGCUACCACACGGUAAUCAUUUUUCAAAACAAACGAGGUGUAAGGUGAAUCUAACGUCAAAUGAAGACUAGGCUGACCGAUGCUUACAAACUUGUUCACUGCUUCACUGUCUAGGUAAUUACAGAGUCCACGUUUUCGUAUCAGAUACAUUUGAAUUUUUGAAUAAAAAAUUUAUGUUAUAGAACAUA